GCUCAUGUGAUUGCACCUGUCGAAGACCCAAUACGUCCGUUAAGGCUCCUUACAGGCGGAAAUAAGACAAGGCCCUGACAGGAUGACAUUUUGACACAAACAUCUGGUUGAUUCUGACCGGAAGAGAGCUUUCGGAUGUCACCAAAAGAGUAAACAGCGGUGCAUUAUCAACGGUGCGCGGCCAAUAUUUGAAGAACGCGCGACUUAUGCACGAACAUUUUGAAAUAAAAAAUGCUUACAGAUUCUCAGUUUUAUCACGGCGGGUUUCGCACCGCGAUAAUAACUGCAUCAUUGACACACGAAUUUUCACGUGCUGUCCUCUGUUUCUUCGAUCCUUAUCGUCCUAGAAUCAGUUUUUUAAGGUGAUUUGUGAUGCACCAACAAAGGCAAUUAUAAAGAAAAUAACGUUAUUUCUAGGAUAAAUGAGAGCGUUUAAAACCAACGCUUCUGAUUAGCCGAGCGGGCGCAAACCAAGCCCAAAACAAACUGUACUAAUGUACUUGCUUCACACAGCCUGGACAAAUAAAUGAAGGCUUUUUACAGUCAGAGAUAUUUACGGUAAAGAUGAAUUGAUUACUUAAGACUUCUGCUUGUAUCAAAUGUUUCUAAUUUCCAUUUGUUUUCUUUUAAAUAAGAUCUUAAUGUAGGGCCAUUUCCGUUUGUUAUUUAGAAGUUGGUAAUUUGUUCUUUUGUCGUUAAGAAUAAAAAUCGGCCCGUUUUUAAAUGUGCGUAUCUUAAACUCUGAUCAAAUAGGUGAUUUUAGAAAGUGCAUCUUAUCAUUUAUAUUUGCUUCGAUCUCUAAUCACAAGGGACCGCCAAACUCAGGUAUGAAUCACGACUGCGAGUGAGUCUAAUGAGCGCGCACAUCUUCCAGCCGCCAGAAAAAUAAACUUUUCUUAUUGAACUGUUGAAUAACCACCAAUAAUGCUUUAUUUUUUUUUACAUAUUAUUUAUGCUUUAUUUCUUUUUACAUAUUAUUUAUGCUUUAUUUCUUUUUACAUAUUAUUGCUGCGACGCAGGAGCAGCAUACUAAUCUUGACAUCGCUUUUUAAAACGCUCUUUAGAGUUUCUUUUUAGAGCACAUUUCAGUAGGUUUGGAAAAAUGUUCACUCGUCAGUUACUUGGGACGAGUUACCACAGCUUUCAAAGAGUGUUAAAGGAGAAUUUAAUAACAGUUUCAGACCGAUUUUGCCGACUUAUUUUGAGCCGGGUCGAAAGCGUACCACAAAAUUGGACACUAAACAAGCAAAACGAGCAUCCUAACUCAAUGCCUAAAUACUCUAGCUCACUUGGCUAUGGACUGUACGGCGUUUGGGAAAACUUAUCAGUUCAAAACAAUGACCCAAUGCCUUCUAGUAAUUGCUGAAGAGCAUGCAACAAGUUUUAGCAAACCCAAGUGAUGCUAAAAAUUGAAAAACACCUUGACAGAGAAGCUAAUACUGUAAAACAAUCAAAACAGAUUAUUAUAUCGUUUUGUUCAUAAAUCCAGGCUGUUGUGUUGUUUUAAAAACUGACCAAACAGGACGGGGAGGAAAUGGAUAAGCAAAAAAAAAAAAACCCUACCAAUCAUGACUCUGGAUAAAAAAUAGAGACUAAUAUAUUGCCAAAUUCUCUAACAAUUAGCCUACCUUAUGUUUAUUGGUAUUUUUAGCGAAGAAAAACUCAGCGAGAUGCGAUAAGCUGCCGCCAUCUUUGUGUUUGUUUCAAAAUGACAGAAACAAGAUGAGUAGCAGGGGUAAGACCACGGGCGCAAGGAAUUCAACAUCCCAAAUAAAAUUUAAGAUUGUGCCAGCUAUUCAAAUCUCGAUAACAAAAAAACGCCUAAAGAUUCGUGAUAAGUGUUAUACGGGAUUGCUAAAUGGUGCAGACAGUAGGAUGGCCAGAAAGCCUUUUACGCCAGCAAUCAAACUCGGCUGGUCACUCGUCCUAAAGUGCCGCUACAGAAUAUAACCCUCUUAGUGCAAAGUAAUUGCGCCGCGAGUCAACAACGCAAGAGGUGCUUAACUUGUAUCAGAAAACUGAAUCGGCCGCUCCGGGCAAACAAACAGAGGCUUAAUACAUCCAUAAUAUACUGGUAUGUUUUACGAGGGAUAUUGGUUCGAUACUAGUCUAACGAGUACCGUUGCGUACUUUAUUAUCUCUUUUGUGACUAUAUUGGGAAACAUCCUUGUCUUCGUGUCGUUCCACCGAGAUCCCUAUCGACAACUCCGCUCAUUACAGAACUACUUUAUUGUCAACCUUGCAGUUUCUGAUCUUUUCAUGGGUACGCUUGCGGAAUGGCUUCUCAUCGCCACGUACUGGGUAAACCUCCCCGAUGUUUUUUUCGCCCACUACCUUGGAGCUAUAAUCUCAGGGAUUUCCUCGCUCUUGAACAUGACCGCGUUGUCUAUUUACCGAUAUUUCGUCGUCAAGAACCCUCUAACGUACCACGAUAUUAUCACACGUAAGCGCGUUAUUGCGGCGAUUGUCGCCGUCUGGAUAUACACCUUUCAUUUGAUCCUUCUCCCUUUGUCCGGGUGGCAGUCGGAGGGGUACCAGAUCUACUUGUACUCUCUCGGCUGCGUCUUACCCAGCUGUGUGAUAUUCGUGACUUAUUUCGGUGUCUUCAUCACCAUUCGCGCGCACACCAAGAAUCUUAAGACCACCGCGAACUCACAGAACUCAGCGCUCAAAAGCGCGGUGAAUCGCGAGAAGGCGACGACAAAGACAAUGCUGAUUUUACUCGCAGUCUUCGUUGUGUUCUGGUUUCCGUUUCUCGCUAUUGAUAUCGUGAUGGUGCAGUGCAUACCGUGCCGCGAGAGUCACUCGUUACACGUCGCGCGAGACGUGGCGCUCACGUUUACGUACUUCAGCUCUGGGAUCAAUCCGCUUUUGUACGCGUGGAGGGUACAGCAGUUUAGGCGCGCGUUCAUACGCGUGCUAGGACUCAAAAAGUUGAACUGUUGGUCUAAAAAUAGAGUCGGGAAUAAUAUGCGCAAUGCACAGACCGUAAUAGAGCGUGAUCCGCGCACAGCAUGGGUCACGUGAUUUGGUGUGGCAUUUUAAACGGGAUUCGACAUUAUAGACAAGGCGUUACGACAUGGUGCGACUUUAUACGACAUUAGCGUACGUGCGUCACACGAGAAGUGUAGUCAUAAUAAGGCAUUAUAGUCCAAAAGAAUAUUCAGUCAGAUAUUACGACAUGGUACGAGAUUAUACGACAUUGCGUACAUGCGUCACACGAGAAGUGUCGUCAUAAUAAGGCAUUAUAGUCCAAAAGAAUAUUCAGUCAGAUAUUACGACAUGGUACGAGAUUAUACGACAUCGUGCGACAUCACUCGAAAUUGUGUAACGUACUGCCUCCUUUAUGCGAGUUUGGUAGGAGCAGCCCAUCACUAGGACAACGAAUCAACAAAAGGGAUAGCGUGUUAUUUUUACCUAGCCUUUCAGAGCCUCUCUAGCAAACUUUUUGAUAAUCUUCCUUUGAACUUUGAUCUUUACAAUUUAAAUCUAGAGGCAAAAGGGCAAUAUAGCAAUUAAAAAAAGCAUCAAAUAGCAAUUUCUUAGAUCUUAGCAGCAGCAUACUUUAGUAAUUUAGCACACGGUCCAACAACUGUUAUAUCAAAAGUCAAAGCAUCAAAGGGCUGUUAAAGAAAACAAAUCAAAUAUCAUAUAAAAAUAUAUAUUAUAGUAUCAACA